UUAAAUUAAACUAUUAAGUAUAUUGAAUAAAAUGCGCAACCGAGCUAAGAAUUUUGUUACCCUAGAAACGAACGAUUUCCGCUUCAACGAUAAUUCUGGCAACAAUUUAUAAUUAACACAGUGAAACACGCAUAAUACAUUGUAAUACAAUUAAUGGAUCUCUAGAUCUGCAAUCAAUUGGACAAGUGAAACGAUCAUGGUGACGAUGGCGAUACUGCAAUCCACUAGUGCGUUGAUCGUGACCGUGAUGGUCGUCGCACAGUUGUGGAUCGGACUAGUCGAUGCUAAGGCUCGGACGCCUAUUAAGUGGCUGAUAAACACGGGAAACUUGGCGGGCCGAUGGCCACCGCCGUCGUGGACCGGAAAAAACGGCUGCAACAAUAACACCGCGACGCCGAACACCAUCAGCCGGAUGCAAAUGAUUCGUGGUGGCACGGCGACCGUACUUGUCAUGCCCACCGGAGACGGUAGCCGAAGGUGUUGCUCUGACAACACACUGGCGCAGUUCUCCCUGGGAUUGGUGUGUCUCAAAAAUGGUAUCAAUAACCUAUAUCCGGUCGUGCAGCCGUUUCCAGAUUGGCGAGCGUUUGUGGACGCGGGAUCGCCGGAACUGGAACCGGAACCGGUGUCGGAACAGGACCAGGAAACCACCGAAUCGGACGAAAACGAUCGGCCCACUUCCGAAAUCCCUACCGACAACCGUGGCAGCCGUGACCGUCGGCGCAUCGUAAAUGCUGUCGAUGCCUUCUUGGACGAUCGGGGACGGAUUCUCUGGGUCCUGGACGUAGGCCGUGGUGGCGAAGACGCGUGUUAUGGUAAUACACCACCACCCAGCAGUGAUCGAUCCGCGUCCGAGGCGGAAACGGACGAUCAGCUGCUGCAACCGAAAUUCAUCGCUAUUGACGUUUAUACGAACCAGAUCAUCGACAUUGUAAGUCUGUCACGAGUAUGGCGACCUGGAGUGAGUUGUUUUCAGUACAUAGUAUCAAUUUACCUGGAUACCGAAGAAAUCGAUAAUACAUUAAAUAAUGAAACCACUGGUGAAAGUGAUGGAGCGAAUAGUUGUACCUUAGACUGGCCACUAGUGGUAAUCGGUGAUGCAGGAACUAAUCGUGUGCUGGUGUACACACAUAGCAACGACAGAUUUGCUGAAAUCAUAUUGCCACUGGAAGAAGAACACAAUGCAUUGCACGACGCUGACAAGAAAACCGAUACAAAUGAUCCAGAUAAUGAUAGCGACAGCCAAUCGGACGUGAAAAAAUCAAAAUUUCGUCAGCCAUCCCGAUGGCCGACGCCUCCAAUCCGAGACAUCCUCUACUUGGCUCCACUAACCAUCAGGCCAGGUCAACUCAGGUUGUUGAUCACUUACCACGGUUGCCGCGAAUUGUACAAGCUCCGGCUAGAACUCUCUACCUCCGAUCCGUUGUCUUAUGAAGACAAGCCCGAAAUCGACACAAACCCAGUACCACUGUCACCAAUCAUUGGUACUCUAGCCGUUCUUGGUCGGAAACCGUGUCGGAUGGUCAUACUUGGCACGGAUCGCCGGCAGACAGAUGUCGUCGGUGAAAAAUUCGCGGGAGGGGGAACUACCGUUUACUUUCGAUUGGAAAAUACUAAUGAUAUAUGGUCGUGGAAAAUAUUUAGUGGAAAGAAAAAGCUGACUGGAUCGUUUUUAUACAUCGACGAACGUGACUUCCGGUUAGUCCGGCUUGGCCAGACGUGUCGUGUCCCUGUCGCGAUUUCGACUGCCCCAGCAGCUGUUGGGAAUAGCGUUGACGAUGUGGAUCAAAAUUCAGAAGCCACCAAGAAGAAAAAUUCUCAAAAGCAGAUCCGGCAAAUCGUAUGGAUGCUGGAGACAAACUUUGUCGAUCACUUUGCAGGCACUGCAGAUCGAAUGGGUGCAAACGCCAAGCUACAACCCAUCGAAGUGCCACUGAACUACAACGACGCCAAUGCCACCAGACCAUUGAGUUUCAAAGCUAUGAUGCAAACUUUACCACUACGAAUUCAACCAGGCAAAGAUCUGCAGAAAAAUUCCAUUCAUAGGCAACGACGACAGUGGUCGAAACAAUGUAGAAACACUGUCAGAUGAUGCCACGUGAGACAAUUAUUAGACGGACCAUGUUUGCGCCGAGGUGCGAUGGUGGUUUUGAUUUUCCAGAUAUAUGCAACUAAAUCCUAAUUGGGAAAUAACAAAAGCAAUGAAUUUCAGUCUUCAAACAUUUCGUGUGUAAUUGAUGUAUAAGGGUUGUAAAUGUAUGUAUCAUUAUAAUAUUAGCUGACCGCUGCGCAGGAACACAUUUAAGGCACAAUUUUUUCUUAAUGAACAUGUACGCGUUAAUUAAAAUCAUUUUUGAAUAAAUAAAACAUCAAGUUAACUUCACAGUAAAAUAUUAAAAAUAUUAAUAUAUAAUAUAUAAUACUAUGUACUAUAUUAUUAUUACUAUACUACUAUGUUAAACAUGUAUUAUAUAGUUAUACAAUCUGAAAAAAAAAACACGUAAACAGCAUUUUUUUUUUUAAAUAAGUAGGUAUAUCUGAUUUAAAUUUAUUUAAAAUGAUGCAUUUGAAUUCAAACUCAAGAAAUUUUAACUUUUUUUGUUUUAGUAAAUUUUAACCUAUAAAUAUUAAUAAAAAAUAAAGUUAAAUACUUUCUAAAUAUUAUUGAUUAACAUUACAAUUUAAAAAGUCUUGAUUUUUAUAGACUAACUUCUAUUACAAUAGUAUAUUUGAUCGAAUAGACUAUUAUCUCCUUGAUAUCAUUAUAUUAUUUAAUUCCAGCUUCGACGAACCUAAAUUCGUUCCUAUAUAAUUUUCAUUUUAUAUGAGCAGAAACAAUGCAUUAAAUUUAAUGGUAAAAACUACUUUAAAAAUUAAUGGUAUUAAAUUAUUUUGAAGCAAAAUAUCUGCUUAAAUAAAUACGAUGAUAGA